GGCAUGGGGAAGCCCGCGGGCGGGGUCAGGGGGCGGGAGCUUCCUCGGCGCUCGGGGAGAGGACCGGCGGCACGCGGGGCGCUGGCAGCGCCGGAGUACAGCGCGGGGAGCGGGCAGCCAGGAUGUUUCUGGAGCCCCAGGAAACUAUGCCCCAGACAUCUGUCGUCUUCUCCAGCAUACUUGGGCCCAGCUGUAGUGGACAGGUGCAGCCCGGCAUGGGGGAGCGAGGAAGUGGGGCCGGCAGCUCAGGGGACCUCGUCUUCCAAGAAGGACGCCUCAUCUCUGGAUCCCUUGAGGCCUUGAUGGAGCACCUGGUCCCCACAGUGGACUAUUACCCGGAUAGGACAUACAUCUUUACAUUUCUGUUGAGCUCCCGGGUCUUCAUCCCUCCUCAUGACCUGCUGGCCCGUGUGGGGCAGAUCUGUCUGGAGCAGAGGCAGCAGCUGGAGACAGGGUCUGAGAAGGCCAAGCUGAAGUCCUUCUCAGCCAAGAUUGUACAGCUGUUAAAGGAGUGGACAGAGGCUUUCCCCUAUGACUUCCAGGAUGAGAAGGCCAUGGCCGAACUGAAGGCCAUCACCCACCGGGUCACACAGUGUGAUGAGGAGAAUGGCACAGUGAAGAAGGCCAUUGCCCAAAUGACACAGAGCCUGCUGCUGUCCCUGGCUGCCCGAAACCAGCUUCAGGAGCUGCGGGAGAAGCUCCGUUCACCAGCCAUGGACAAAGGGUCUGUCCUCAAGGCUAAGCCGCCAGCCACUCAGAAGGACAUCCUGGGCGUGUGCUGUGACCCUCUGGUGCUGGCCCAGCAGCUGACUCACAUUGAGCUGGAGAGGGUCAGCAGUAUUCACCCUGAGGACCUGAUGCAGAUUGUCAGCCACAUGGACUCUCGGGACAAGCACAGGUGCCGAGGGGACCUGACCAAGACCUAUAGCCUGGAGGCCUAUGACAACUGGUUCAACUGCCUUAGCAUGCUAGUGGCCACCGAGGUGUGCCGGGUGGUGAAGAAGAAGCACCGGACCCGCAUGCUAGAGUUCUUUAUUGAUGUGGCCCGGGAGUGCUUCAACAUCGGGAAUUUCAACUCCAUGAUGGCCAUCAUCUCUGGCAUGAACCUCAGUCCUGUGGCGAGGCUGAAGAAAACAUGGUCCAAAGUCAAGACAGCCAAGUUUGAUGUCUUAGAGCACCACAUGGACCCCUCCAGCAACUUCUGCAACUACCGUACCGCCCUGCAGGGGGCCACGCAAAGGUCCCAGAUGGCCAACAGCAGCCGAGAAAAGAUUGUUAUCCCUGUGUUCAACCUUUUUGUUAAGGACAUUUACUUCUUGCACAAAAUCCAUACCAACCACCUUCCCAACGGGCAUGUUAACUUCAAGAAAUUUUGGGAGAUCUCCAGACAGAUCCAUGAAUUCAUGACAUGGACUCAGGUUGAGUGUCCCUUCGAGAAAGACAAGAAGAUUCAGAAUUACCUGCUCACGGCACCCAUCUACAGCGAGGAAGCUCUCUUCAUCGCCUCCUUUGAAAGUGAAGGUCCUGAAAACCACAUGGAAAAAGAUAGCUGGAAGACUCUCAGGACCACUCUCCUUAACAGAGCCUGAAGGCACGGAUGCAGCCUGCAGACGAUGGAGGAAGCACACACGUGCACUGAGUUUGAAUCUUGAUCGAUAAGGGUUGAGAUGAGGAGGCCUCACUGGUUGGGGUCCAUUUUGUAUAUAACUUUUAUGAAAAAAAAAAGUAAUUAUUUCAUGCAUCAACUUUUGGCACUUACAAGGUUUUCUUUCUUUCUUUUUUUUUUUUUUUGUCAUUUAUUUUAAAAUAACAGGGCAGGGCCCUGAUUUGGGAGGGGUGGGAAAGAGUAUCAUGGGAGAUGGCAUCCAUGAUAACAUCUUAUUCUAAUGAAAUGUAGAUUUUUAUUUUCUACUUUUAUUAACAUCGUAUGAAAAAAUAUAAAAAAAAAAAACAAAAAACAACCCAACCAAAACCAAUGUGAGCCCUGCCUGCUUGGACGCCCUUCCAGCCAGUGUCUCUGAUGUCGGGGUUAGUGCCUUAGAGAGUACUGGAGGGCCGGUCUCCCACUCCAUUCUUUUAGCCCUCAGGCAGCCAGUGCCGGGGAAAUGCCAGGAAAGCUCUGCCCUGGGUGACAAGGCACCUGCUCUCAAAGCCUAGGCCAGAGAGAGUCCAGCAGGAAGGGCUUGGCUGGCCAGGGGGCUUCAUUUGCAUACUUCUAGAAGCAAACCUUGAGCACAGGCUUUCCAAAGUUUACAUUUUCAUUUUCCUUUAUCAGGGAUUUAGGGGGUUGGGGAGGGGCAGGGUGAUAUCGGGCAGCACAUUUUCUGUUGGAAUAUGUCUGGCAAAUUGUUCAACUACAUUUUAAGGAAAAGAGAAAAUCUAAAAUAAUAUCGGGGGGAGGGUGUGAUGGAAUUGUCUGUUUUCCAGGCUGUGACAGGUACACUGAGCUGUAAUGAAGAGAAUACAAAGUAGACUUGAAGGAUGGGGACAUUUAAAGCAGUUCUUCAAACUCCAGUACAAAGUGAAAAGAAACAACUCACAAAUUGGUAUUCUAGCGGACUGCCCUCUCCGUUCCUCUAGGUCAAGGGCCUCCUUUAAGGAAAUCUGAAACAGAAAAUUAGACCACACUGCUGGAGCCCACUCACAUAAAACUGCCCAGCAUUUGGAGGUAUUUUUCACACCCAAACUUGAGGAGUACACUCCAUUUUCUGUUUUUCUGGCUGUGGGACGGCAAGUCCUGGUCCCUUAAAAGCCAGAGGUGGGCCAUCCCCUCUGACUCUCUCUCCCUCCCUCACAGGGGGGCUUUCACUCUGCACAGGCAGAUUUGGAGCUACGCACCCUUAUUGCUCUCCGCAUGCCUGGCUUCCUCCCACAGGAGCCUGAAGCUGAGAUGCUUGAGUGAGGAUGGGGCAGUUAGCUGCUAAUUCCCAAAGCUCCUAGGAGAGCCUGGAGAUGUGGUGGUGAGGCCUCAGGAAAGGGUGGCUCCGCAAUCCACAGCUGAUGGCGCCCUCAGCCCUGGGUGGAGCAAGAUUAUUCACACUGUAUUGUCACAGUGUUUUCGCACUUUUCUGACAUUCUAGAUAGUACAUAUUGUAUCUUGAUAGUACAUAUUGCUUUAUGUAUUUGAGACAAAGGCUAAAAACUCGAGAAUAUAUAUUUGGAAUACAAUGUUAGAACACUUUCCAUCUUGCGUUAAGGAGCUUUCAUGUCAAUGUGCGCUCCACUGGGUCAUCAGUUCUAGUACCUACCUGAUACAGUGUCUAUGUUUGCUACUUUAUUUUCCCGGUUUGAUACACACCCUAUGAUGUUUUGGUAUUAUGAGAUGAACUCUGAGUACAAAGCUGUACCAUAACGCAGGAUGUCAGUUGUUGGUGUGACUGGACCUACUUGCAUCAAUAAAAGAAUAUGUUGCUCCCCUUGCCUGCCUGCUCUCUGCGCGUAGCUGGCGAGGCCUGAUGGCUUGGAUGCUGGCAGGAGGUGUGGGGAUGUCUAGGUCCUCCAUGGCCUUUCAAGGAAUGAGCAAGGAAUUCUCAUCUACACAACACAUUCUGACAAAGGGCUUUUCAAAUAAAUAAUGCAAAACAAGACAAAGCAUACAAGACACAUGUUCUAGUCUGCUUUCCUCAAACUAAGAUCCAAAAGUGUAUCACAAGCUGAUUGUAUCACAUGGCCCUGUAAGUUGGGAAAUCUAACCUAAAUAAGAUUGUAAAGGCUCCUUUACUGCAGGACUGAUCAGAACUGUCAGUGCCCAUGGGCACUGGGUCUCUCCUGGGGCAAGGGAAGUUGGGGACACCUCUGGACAUCUUUCUGCAGAACAGUCUGCAGAAUGCAGUUCUAGAUGGUGCUUUCUGUUGUGCAGUCACAUUCAAGAACACUAAAGAAAGGAAUUUUGGAAAGGGACUCAGUCUGUGGAAUUGAAGGAAGAGAACGGAGACAUUAGACUGGAAGGCAAACCCUUACCUGUUCCUCUCUAGUCUGUCCCACUGCCACCGUGUCAACAAUGCUCAGGCUGCAUGAGCUCUACUCUACAGCUCAUGAACCUCACCCUGCUCCCUUAGCGCUAACUCAGUGCAUCUGUAAAUGCGUUCAGUGUCUGUUAUACCCACUGGACCAGCACUCCCCAUCAGAAAACUCUCUGUGCUGGAGUGCUCUGUAUCUGCACUGCUACUGGUAACAUACAGGUACUGAGCACUAAAGUGUGAAAUGUGAAAAUGCAACCGAGGAACGGAAUUUCUAAUUUUAUUUAGGUUAAAUAGCUAGUGGCCACCUUAUUGGACAGAAGACUAGGCUGGUGGAGCUUUGUUACCUGCUGCCCUUCCAGUGGCUUGUGGAGCGGACAGCACACAAAAGGUGCUUAGGUGUUUAUGGAGCAAAAGAGACAUACAUGAAGAUGCCUAAAUGGGUUUUGGGUAAAUGACAACAUUUUUUAAGUCUUUAUAAUUCAAUGGAAUUCUUAAUUUCCUGGUAAAGUUAUUUUUGAAAGUUUCUACCUACCUCAGCUGAAGAAGGUGCAGCCCAUCAUCUGGUGUGUGCCUUUGCCAUGGAGCUUGGGCUGGGAGUGGGUGCUGAGCUCACCAGGCUAGCUACAGUGCUGUCCUUCACCUGUGGGCUAGUCCCUCCAAGGCAGUGCUUCUCAAGUCAUGGCUAUUUGACAGCAGUGUCAGCAGCGCUGGAAACUUGCUCGAACUGUUCUCGGGGCCCCACUGCAGGCUCGCUAAAGGGAAACAUGGGGGUGGGAAAUUACCACGUUUUCAAAGCUUUCUUUCCUGCUGAUUCUCACAGCCCACUUCUCCCAGGUGCAGUCAGCUUCACAGGCACACUGCACCUCUUCUAAUACACUGUGGUCCUGCCCACAUGCACAUUCUUCCAGUCUCCUUACAGCUUCCCUGGUGAACGGUGCUCUGUGCUCUGGGCCCUACCUGUUCUCUCAAGUCAUACCACUGGCAUCUGUCUUACCCUUACUCUUGGCUUGCUGUGUAGGAGCCACUUGUGUAGCUGUGUGGCCAGCAACUAGCAUGGUGUGUAGCUCCUAACACCACCAUAUGAUGACUGAAUGCUACCUUUCACUUCACACAGAUAUUUCAGGAACAAAAAUCUAUGUUACAGUUUCAGCUGUGACAGGAAAUAAGCUAAGGAUCUCUCCUAAGGCCAAAGAGACGUCUAUGACAAAGCUAGAUUAUUUGUGAAAUAUAUACCACUAUACCUGUACAUAAAGUAUGCGUCAUGUUCUCCAGGGAGGCAAGACAGGAUAAGCAUAAGAGCAAAGGAAUCAGAAGCUGAAGUAUUUGGAUUUGAGUCCUAGUUUCCUGUUCCAAGCUGGGUAUCCAGGGAAAUGUUUACCCUUUACAGCUUCCAUUUUCUCAUAACUAAAAGGAAGUUACAAUACUCUCCGUUUCAUGGGGUUGUUGUAGCGAUACAUGGCAGAAAGUGUAGUACCUGGUUCAUCAGAAGCAGUCAGUGUUAGCAGGGAAUUAGCAGUGGCACCCCUGAUGAGAUUAAACCCCACUUCUCCUGCAGAAAGCAGAAUCUCCUGGGAAAAGUGAAACAAAGAAUUAUAACUGAUUUUCUCAAAGGAACAACUGAAGUCCUGGUCAAUAUAUUCUAACAUUACCAAUGAGCCACUUAAAGUGUUAAAUUUAACAGGUAUAUAAACAUAUACGGAAAAAAUUCCCACAAACUUGGGAUUCAAACUACUCUCUAAAUGAAAAAUCUAUUCCCCAUAUAUAGGCUAGUAACCUUAUAUCAUACCAACACAAUUUCUCUUUUUAUUCCCAGAAAGUAAGUCAUGAUACUGUGAAGAAGGUGCUGCCAUCCCUCCUUGCCCAAAUAUCUAUCAUAACAUACCUUAAACUUAGGUAUGGAUCUUCAGCAACAAUGUUGAGGAAACAGUGUUGUCAGGAAUAUAAGAAAAUUGGACACCUGGCUGGCUUAGCUGGGGGAGCAUGUGACUCUUGGUCUUGGGAUUCUGAGUUUGAGCCCCACAGUAGGUGUAGAAAUUACUUAAAAAUAAAAUCUUAAAAAAAUGUAUGAGAAAGUUAGGCACCUAUAUCUGGCAACAUUAGAUUAAGUGCUUGCCUGUGGAAAUCAGCUGCUCAAGUUACGCAAAAUGUAAAUAUCCAAGCAAAACCCCAGAGAGGUUGAAGGAAACUCUGAAGCCAGCUUCUGCCUUGAGGGCAAGGAUUAUGAGCUUCCAUUUUCAAGUCUACAUGAGGAUAGAGAAGAAAGUUCAGGGCAUAUCUAAGAAGAGGGGUCAAAUAGGAGACCCCAGCCCAUAAAGUUGACAUCCUGAAGAACGACCCUUCACCAUAACAGCGAACUUGCAAUAAAAUGCUUCUCCCCCAAACUCAUUAAAGGGAUUAAAGAAAACUGCCUGUUUUGAACCUUGGCACUGAAUGGAGGUUGGGAAAAUUUACCACUGAUAAUUUGUAGCCGCAAGUCAGUGAAUUUCAUUAAGUUUUGCAGCAAACAUCACAUUGAUCAAAAAAACGUUAAGCUGAAAAUCUAGUUUAAUGUGGCUCUGAACUACGGGUACUAUCUCUAAGUUAGCCAGCAAAAGCAAACAUUCUGAGAUUCUAGUUUUAAAAGUCUCUCCUUAUUAGAUGUGUCUGUUUAAUCUACCUGUUGGAUUUUUAAAAAUUCAUUUUCAUUUCUUGAAGAACCAAAUAAAGGUUCUUCCCCAAAUUCAUUUGGUUAUAAUUCUGAAGAAAUUACCAGAAUGCAACACAGAGGGAAAAGACUGGAAAAUAUGAAAUGGGUUAAGAAACAAAGGGCAUGGUGGACACAACAACAGAUCUAACAUGUUCUCAGAGCUUUUGAAAGAAAGAAUGAUAGAGAUAAUAAAAAUAUAAUAGCUGAAAAUAUUUCAAAAUUGAUAAAAGAAUAUUCCAAGGAACCCAAAGAAUCUCAGGCAGGAUUAGAAAAAAAGAAAACAAAAACAAAAAC